AUGCCUCCCAAGAAGCUGAAACAAAGUACAGCUACACCCGAAUCUCUGUCUCCAAAUUGGCCCCCCUUCAAACCUCUCAUGCCACCUUCGAAUUUAUCGCUCGAAACUAUCGUUCCUGGUCAAAUUAUUACAAUACAAAACUUUUGGACAUCUGCUUUGUGUAAGAAUUAUGUCUCAUUCUUGAAGGGAUUGCCUUUAACUACGACGCCUGGAAAGCCUAAAAAGGGUGAUGCAUUGAGAGUCAAUGAUAGAUUUCGAGUUGAUGAUUGGAACUUUGCCGAACGGCUCUGGAGAGAGACAGGACUGAAGGAGCUUUUAUGUGGUGAAAUUGAGAGGGAAUAUGAAGAAGAGGGCGAUGAGAUGAGCGAAGAAGAGCGAAGAGAGUUAUGGGGAGGAGAUGUUGUAGGUUUGAAUCCCGCCAUCCGGAUAUAUAGAUAUUCUAAGGGGCAGUUCUUCGAUUGCCAUUAUGAUGAAUCAAAUCUUAUCACACUUCCAACAAAACCUGCGUCUACCCAAGCAAAGACAACCUGGACACUACUAUUGUACCUCACAUCUCCAGCAACAGGUUGUCUAGGAGGAGAAACAGUCUUCUACCCUGAGGAACUUCCUAACAAGAAGUCUCCUAUUGAUAAACCUGUUGUCAUAAGCCUCGAAACCGGAAUGGUUUUGUUGCAUAAGCAUGGAAAUGAUUGUAUGUUGCAUGAGGGAAGAGAAGUUACGGAUGGUGAGAAGUGGAUUAUAAGGACUGAUCAUAACAAGCCAUCCUCCUCAAUUAUGUUUUUCAAAGGAUUUUUGACUCGAAACUUCCUCCGAGCUGCCAAGCCAGCCACAGUUCCACGUAGAGCUCUCAUGACCCUUCCCUCGUUUUCGCUCGAAGGAAAGACUUGUGUUGUCACUGGCGCUGGAAGAGGAAUUGGGAAAGAAUGUCUUACUGCUUUUGCGCUCAGUGGUGCCCGCGGGGCCUGUGUUGACCUUACUCGCUCUAUUGGCGAGGAAUCGAUCGAUCGCAUCAAAUCGAGUAUUGAAACCACGAAUCCCUUCUACAAACCCGACCUCCGUGCUUAUGGAUGUGAUGUGGCAUCGGAAGAAGCAGUACAAAAAACAUGGACAGAGAUCAUCGAAGAUUUUGGACAUGUCGAUGUAGUUGUUACAGCUGCCGGUAUUGUUGAGAAUUAUGAGGGAGAGAAAUACCCUUUUGAUAAAUGGAAGAGAAUGGUGGACAUAAAUCUUAAUGGAAGUUUCUUGUUCGCUAGGGAGGCAGGGAAAUACUGGAUUGAGAAAAAGUCCAAGGGAAGCUUGAUUCUAAUAUCGUCGAUGAGCAGCAUGGUUUGUGUCAGACCACAAAAGCAAGCGGCAUACAAUGCUAGCAAAGGAGCCGUCUCGAUGCUUGGUAAGAGUUUGGCCACAGAGUGGGGCCCCUAUGGGAUUAGAGUCAACAAUCUAUGUCCCGGAUACGUGAAAACAGACCUCAUAAUUGAUCUUUUGGAAAAGGAAGGAAAACACAUUGAAGAAAAUUGGGUAAAAGAUAUACCAAUGGGGCGUCUCAGUCAUCCAAGUGAGUUACAGGGAACGCUCGUCUAUAUGGCGAGUGAUGCAUCGAGCUAUCUGAAUGGUUGUGAUCUUGUCGUUGACGGUGGAUAUACCUGCUAUUAA